GCCGGUUUGGCUCAACUUCGAUUUUGCUGGCAGCCAGUGCAGAUUGUGUCCAUUGGACGGGUAUCUCCCGUGCCACCGUGUCCGUUCGUUGCCAUGGGUGGUGGUGCUUCUACUAGGAGUGGUGUGAAAGCCGCGGUCGAGGCAGCGACGAAGGACGAGCUGACCAAGGCCACAGCCGAACUCAGCAAGAGCCAGAAGAAGAAGCUUAUGGAGGCAGUGGGGGGCAGGAACAUUCCCCUCAGCCCAGUCGUCUACCUCACGUCGACCGGCUUCGUGACGGAGACCCAGUGGGCGCGCUUCAUUCAGGUCGUUCUCCAGAGGCGCGGCGUCCUCGACCGAGAGGACGCGGGCCCUGGAGUGACCCGGGAGGAGUUGGCGAAGAAGUACGCCAGCGAGAUCCAGAAAUUGAAGGUGCUGUAUAUCAAUGAUGCCUCGUACCACCGCCCGCCUGAGAACAUGGCUAAAGGUCGCAUGGGGGACGGCAAGGUGGGCGAGAACGGGUUCUUAGGGCGCGGAGAGGGGACAUGGUUCUGGUGGGACCAGGGCCUGGAGGACAAGAUGGGUGUGCCGCAGAGCAACAUCCAGAUGAUCCAGCUCCUGGAGAAACCCUGGCUCUUCAACCGGCCCGGCCGCCUGGCCAACUGCGAAGCUUCAAGCCCCAACGUAGCCGAGCUUGACCCUGAGGACGAGAAAGCGUAUUUCGCAGCGCUCCAGUUGACCCAGGACGCGUACGAUGCGCUGAAGGAGACCCCGCCCAAGGAGGGUGCAGGCCAGGCGGGCGGAUCACUCCCAGGCUGCCCGGCCUCGGGGAAAAACUGCGCCGAUGAGUUGGCUGAGAUUUCCACGAAGCUGAACGAGAAGUACGCUGCCGCACUCGACAAGUG